GAGAAUAAAUAUUUGCUUGUAACAUAUACCUGGUAACAAAUUUUUCAAAUGAAAAAAUUCGAAUUUGUAAAAUUCACCACCGCCAUCCGAGAGAACUCCAGAACAAAGAACCUCUCUCUCUCUCUCUGCAAUUUUCUGUUUUACCAAACCCCAACUUCGAUCAUUUCCCUUCUGGUAAUCGGCUCCAAUGAGGAUUGCCUCAAUUUCUGCUCUUCUGCAACCGGCCGCGGUUUUCCCGUUCUCUCCUUCCACCGCCUCAGCCUUGCGGCGGAGCUACAUAACCUACUCCUCGGCCAUUCCCGCCUCCGCUCGUCACCACCAGCACAGAUUGGACCCCGCUUCCAGGAGACUCCAGCAGCAGAAUAACAACAUCCGCAAGGCUCGCGAGACCGUCAAGGAAUUCUCCUCUCUUGUUCCGGUUCUCUCUCACGAAGACAAGUGGAAUCCGUCUCGGGACCAAGCAGUGGGAACGGUACUGGCUUCGCAGGCGAACUUCAUGCGCGUUGUAGUGCAAUCUCUGCCUCCGGAAGCGCGUGGUGUUUCGGGAGCUAGUGGAGAUUCCGGUGGCACUCCAGGAGUUGGAGUGGAACUGCUGUGCGUGGUGAAGGCGCUGUUGAAGAAGAUCAAGAGGAAAGUGAUGGUUGGGGACAAGGUGCUCGUAGGCUCCAUUGAUUGGAUCGAUCGUCGAGGGAUGAUAGAGAAUGUGUUUCAGAGGAAGUGCGAGAUUUCGGACCCUCCCGUGGCCAAUGUGGAUCAUUUGCUGGUCUUGUUUUCCUUGGAGCAACCUAAACUUGAGGCCUUCACUCUCACAAGAUUCCUCAUAGAGGCCGAGUCAAGUGGAGUUCCUUUCACCCUGGCCAUAAACAAGUCUGAACUUGUUUCUGAAGAGAUAUUGGCUGCAUGGAAAGCUAGGCUUAGCAAAUGGGGUUAUGAACCUAUCUUUUGCAGUGUGGAAUCGAAGCACGGGAUUGAUGCCUUGCAGUUCAUUAUGAGAGAACGGACCUCAGUAAUUCUUGGCCCAAGUGGUGUUGGAAAAUCUAGUCUCAUAAAUGUUAUAAGAUCCAAUAAACAUGGUGUCUGUGCUACUGUUGAAGGAGACAUAAGUUCUUCCUAUUCAGUUCUUGGCAGGAAAUGGUUUGAAGAGCAACGUGUGGGGGAAGUGUCUACAAGAAGUGGAAGGGGGAAACAUACUACCAGGAACAUUUCUUUACUUCCAUUAUCUGAAGGAGGGUAUGUUGCCGAUACCCCUGGAUUUAACCAUCCUAGUUUAAUUAAAGUGACAAAGCGCUCCCUUGCGCAACAUUUUCCCGAGAUCAGAAAAAGGCUUACAGAAAAAGAACCUGCAAAGUGUUCUUUCAACAAUUGCUUGCAUCUUGGUGAACCGGGGUGCGUUAUUGGGGGAGACUGGGAAAGAUACCCAUACUACCUUCAGUUACUUGAUGAAAUAAAAAUCAGAGAGGAGAUUCAACUUAGGGUUGUAGGGACUAAACAAGAAAGCGAUGUCAGGUAUAAAGCAGGACAUGGGGGCGUUAUGCAAGCUGAACCACGGUUAGAGCCCAAGAAGCACAGGAGACAAUCCCGUAAGGCAGCGAACCAGUCAGUAUUAGAUGAGUUGGAUGAACUUGAAGACGAUGAAGACAUACCAUAUGGUGACAACCCAACAUUGAGGGCAACGAAUCAACGAAACUGACUCUGCUGUAGGAUGGUAUCUGAUUCGAACUCUUAUUAAGUCCACUGUGAAUAGAUUUCAAUAAUGGAAAGAAAAUGCAACACCGUGAAUCAACAACCCAAUUAAGGCGGGAAGGUGGCCUUUCCGAAUAGCCAGGUAUGUCAUGCGAAAAUCAUGUGUAAGCGAUGAUGUUUUGAAUGUAU